UAUGAACAAAAGCAGUGCAAGGAGGCAGAAGAGCACAUGUAUGAUCUGGGCAGGAGGUUAGGUUACAGUGAGUGGACUGACAUUCUGGGAAGGCCAUGUGCUGUAAGGGUAGAGAUUACUUCAGUGGAAGAUGACAACAGCAACCGUGAAAACAAAUGGCGAAGAACCGCCUUUCUUACUUUAGACCCUUUUUACUAUAAUCCUUUUGGUUAAGGCUGUAAUACACAAAUUGGCACAGGGGCUGAUGAAGAAAUAGUGGUUCAUUUUGUGACCCAGUGCCAGAGAAGGGACACCAUGAUCUCCACAGCUCUUCGUUGGCUGGUGCUGGUGUCCUUCAUCAUCCUGACUGUUGGUGGGAACAUGUUGGUGUGCUUGGCUGUGGGGCUGAGUCGUCGCCUGCGCCGGAUCACUAACUGCUUUGUUGUGUCGCUGGCUGUGACAGAUCUCUUGCUGGGUCUGCUCGUACUACCCGUUUCUGCCACCCUGGAGCUUCGCAGCGGGAGCUGGCCUCUGGGGGGAGCCCUAUGCAACAUCUACAUCUCUCUGGAUGUAAUGCUUUGCAUGGCCUCCAUCCUGACCCUGCUUGCUAUCAGCAUUGACCGAUAUCUUGCCAUUUCAGCACCCCUCUGCUACACUCGGAGAGUUACCCACCUCAAGGUGGCCUUUGCCAUUACGGCCAUCUGGACCUUGUCACUGACCGUGUCCUUUGUGCCCAUCCAUCUGGGCUGGAACACAGUGGACUUCAGGGUGCAGCACUUGGACUGGAGCAUGGGGGGUGAGGACAAGGAGGGACGAUACUGCCAGUACGAAUGGAAUAACCACUACGUGCUUUUGGAUGCCUUUUGCAUAUUUUACCUCCCUCUGCUGGUCAUGUGUGGAAUGUACCUACGCAUAUUCAGGGUGGCACGAGAACAGGUGCGUCGUAUCCGUGCUGCCACUCCCGCGGCCACGGCACGAGAACACAAAGCUACAGUAACCCUGGCGGCUGUGCUGGGGGCCUUUGUCAUCUGCUGGUUCCCCUACUUCACUUACUUCACCUGUAUGGGCAUAAGGGAAGAGACAAUCUCCCCGUCCACGAUGCACUCGGUUGUUCUGUGGCUGGGCUAUUUCAACUCGGCUCUGAAUCCCAUCUUGUACCCAGCCCUCAACAGGGAUUUCCGCAAAGCCUAUGGCGAGCUGCUGCACUGCAGGAGGGCAUGGUGCAGAAACAUACAGCACACACUUUCCCGUGUGUCACUGCAUAAAAGGGUGGCCAUCAUGAAUGGACAACAAGGUGCUCAAUUUACUCAGGAAAACACAAUGACAGUUAAUAAGCAAAGCCUGUCUGAAGGGAACAGCCUCACUUUGCAAGAGAGAAAUGGUAACGCCCUCACUGAGGAGCCAAGGUGAAAUGCAGCAGACCUGCAGCAGCAUACCAGCAAAACUACAUGCACAAAUACUGUAAGAUACUUGCUCCAGAACUCUCAAUGCCUGUAUUGUUGUUCAUUUGACAAACAAAAGAACCUGAACUUGAGCUAUCAAGUUCCAAGCAUAAGAGGACAAAAUGAAGCAUCAUAAAUCCAAUGCCUUGGAUAUGAAAUUAACUUUUAACCAGAUGAAAUCAUCAAUAGCUUUUCACCAUCUGUACUAACCUAAAAGCUAUGAUAUUUCUCCAUUUCAGGUCCUAGCUGAUCAACUACCAUAAUAGUUGAUGUCUGCCUGAGGAUAUGUGAGAAACACAGGUGUAUAGCAAAAGACCGGAGAUUUAUCCCUGCAGAAAGUCAACCAAAAGUAUCAUUCACAUUUAUGUAAGUCUUACAAUAUCAAAGCUUUAUUGAGGAUAUGGAAAGUCCCUGCACUUGAUAGCUCAAAUGAGGAAGAGGAAAUAAUGAAAGUCCUGCAGAAUGAUUUACGGGCUUCCUAGCUGUGCGAGGGGAAUGCUGUUCAUGUCGGAAGUGUCAGACUGUAUGAGGACAUCAUAGGCGGGUCAUCUGGAACAUGUCACCUCGAACAAGUAUGGAAGCCAUAUCCCUGGUAGUUGUUUUAAACUGAAAUAUCCAACAAACUGUAUAUUGACUCUGUGCAGCAGCCAUUUAUAGAUACACCAGCAUCCAUUUCGCUGCUUUAUAUUUUGCUUUUAGUUUUUGCAGCCACGUGGGUGCAAAACAUUAGCCCUCUGCUAAAUCGAAUACAGCGGGGUUGCAUCAUCAGAACUUUUGAGGGUUGAGGAGCAAUGUGUGGAGAUGAAAAGAGAUCCUUUUCCAUCUAACCACAAACAGAGGACAUGUUCAGGAUGUCAGAUCAACUUUCUGCACCACAGAGGUUAACAACCUCCUAACUAAUACGUGGUGAGGCCAAGGAGGCAAGAAAGAGAUGAGCUACCCUGGGGUUAAAUUAUCAGAUGAAAACCCAGGUGGCCUAGAGCAAAGCAGUCUUGUUUGCUUGAGUGAAGGCAAGAAGUGUCAAGGUUACCCAUUAUAAUCGCGAAAUGCUGUAAUAAGAAACCCAAGAAGAAAAAAGAAAGCUACUUUAUUUUUGUCAUUGUACAGUUGUUUGGUUACAAUGAAAUUUGUGCACACACAAUUUGUGCUAUGGUAUAGGAGCAGUGGGCAGCUGCAGCAUCCCGGGACAAACUCCAGUUCUUCGUUCCAUUGCGUUGCUCACGAGCCCAGACAGGAGUAUUAACCCUAACAUGCAUGUCUUUUUGAUGGUGGGAGGAAACCAUAGCACAUGCAGAAAACCCAUGCAGACACGGGGAGAACAUGCAAACUCCACACAGAAAGGACCGGGGACGGCCUGGGGCUCAAACCCAGGACCUUCUUGCUGUGAGGCAACAGUCCUAACCACUGGGACACUGUGCAGCCCGGUGACUUCGUGAUGCUGCUGCCUCUGUGCAGUACGCACCUCCUCCCCGGCAGUGAGCACGUGUGUGAUGCAGUCUCUGGGGGCUUCCACCGGGGCAGCACGGGGUCAGUGGUUGGGAAAGCAAAGACUUGAGGUUGACGCACAGAAAAUCUGCAUGUGUAGUGAGGCCAUAGGUCUCCUCUGUGAAAGCGGGGUCCUCAAGAGGGAAGGAGCAGGGCAAAUCAUCAUUGACUCUUUCAGUAGGUUAACUAUGGUAAAAAUAAAAUGUGGUAACCGUGUCAACAUAAAGGUGUCGGGGUGCACACUUGAGAAUUCAAGAAUUUAGAAGAACUUUGGAACAAAAAGGAGAAUUAGUAACACACCAGUCAGGCGUCACACGUUUGGAAUUGAUAUCCUGGCAUCAAUGUAAGCUUUAAUGACCACUUUUCACAUCAGUGUGGUCAGUUCAUUUUGGGCUCAUUUUUCCAGCAAAUUGCCAGUCUAAAUAUAUCUCAUGAUAUGACUUAAGGUUGGAGGCAGAGCAGAACAUUUUGUUUUGCUCUUAGUUUGUAUUUUCUAGUGACUGUGAGUAGAAGAAUAGGGUUGUGCGUGAAUUUCAUAGGUGCUAUGUGUUGAAUGCAAAUAGCUUAUUUAAUUAAACUCCUCGCAAAAUUAUGCUAAACUAUGGUGAAUUCUGAAUAGUCUCAUUAGCAUAAUAUUACACAUGGGUGCUCUAAAAUGAGUAGCUUUAAAUAGGAAAAACGGUUUUGAGAAACGCCAUUGAAUUCACUUGAUAUCUUUAUUUAACCAUGGUGUCCAUAAAAGAAUUUUGUUUUUAUUUUAGUGAUCUAAUUUAUGUUUUCUAGUGAAUAAAUAAUACAAAUUAACCAUUUUUGUAUACAUUUUACAUGUCACAGGACAAAUAAACUACAUAUAGUAGAAAUAUACUGCCCAUUUUUGACACACACACUCUCUCUCUCUCUCUCUGCAGACAUCUCCAACUUAGCUGCUGAGAAAAGAGUGUAAGCCAGUAAUGAGGGAACAGACUAAAGGCCUUAAUUGUCGAGAGAUCUAAUGAUCAACUUGGAUUGUACCAAUGUGCAUGGGGAGAAAUUCAAAUCCAAGUACAGUAGUUAUACAGUUAUUUAUAAACCUUGAGCAUGACAUCAAGGGUACCUCAGUCUUAUGUUGUCAUUAACUUUAUAUUUUACUGUUUUAAAACAUGUUUUUUUUUCUUUGACGUUACAGUCACCAUUGCAGUCUGACUUUAUAUAUGUAUAAUUUGAACUUUAAUCUAGCUACACUGUAAGAAAUGAGGCUCCUGUUACCAAAUGUACAACAUUUGCUUGAAAGCACAUGAUUUUCUGAGUAUAUAUUAUGAAUGAUAAUUUAAAGACAAUAUGUCGUGCUUUUCAUAAAGUAUUACACAAUUCAAUAAUUGCUAAUAUUUGCUGACAUGCCAA